AUGGAGAUCUUUGCGCAUGAGGACUUUCUCCCGAGCGAUGAAAUCAAAGCAGCAGCAGUCAUCUUUGAGUUGGACAUGCCAAAGUCUCUCGCAGCGUAUCGAAGUGCAACCUGGAAGAUCUUCAUGUUGGCUUACCCCGCCAAACCGCAAUCCGGAUCGCCGACUAAACUCUUGAGAGACUGCGACCCGCUUACAACAUACGCCUCGAGACACCCUACCGGUAUCACUAUUGCGUCAACAUCCAAAUCGUUCCGUGGCACGCACUACAGGACAGCCGCAAGCACCACCGAUUUCGACGGUGUCAUGUCAGAAGAUGAUCUGUCCACGUUUGUUCAGGCGUCAUUGGCUCUCCAGGAAAACCUCCUUGUGGACGUGGCUAAGCUGCCGCCAGUCCUGGAGAGGAUGCUGAUCCGAGACACCAAGAUGACGUACAAGAUCAGAUCACGCUUACUGCGGUCUAUAAGAGCCCACCCUCGAAGUAUCGGCAUGGCUAUCAACGCAUCAUGGUCAGAACCGGGGGGUUCAGCUGAGAAAUCCUUCCGUGACUGGCGGCAAGUAUCAACACAUGAUAGGUGGGUAGCGAGUUUGAUGCAGACUUCGAUGAUGGAUCAAGCAAACACGCAAGUGGUUCACUACAACUUCAUGGAGGGCCACUUACUGGUCGACGGAAAGCCUCUGGGAGCACUUCCUCGCGAUAUUCGACAGUCAGAUGAGGUAAGAGAGCUUUUUGGCGACCGAAAUCUUCUCACUUUUCCGUCUGCUGCCUUCGGCAUGUCGUAUGUUCUCGCAUCGCGGAUACACAACCACGAAAUACACUUUGGGUCUCGUGACGGGCGCGUCGUCGUCCGCGCUUGGACUCGGGAUGGGCUGCUAGAAUAUAUCCCGUCUCACAUCUUUGUUGGUCCCGAGACCGCUGACCUUCCGACUGCACUCAUCUCCGAUUGUGCGCACUGGUUGAAUCUGAAGACGAGAUGUCUUGAGAUCCGGCGCAAGCCUGUUCUGUGGAAGACGAGGAAGAGUGACUGGAGGAUUGAUCUUAUCAGACGGCAAGCUUAUCGAAACGACCGAACGUUAUUGAUCGAUCCUAAUUCUCACCUCUCCAAGCAAGUUGCAACCCUCUUUCGCCACUUUGAAGAUCCACGUAAGAUUACCGUCUUCCAGCCUGCCAGCUUCGGGGGAAGGCUAUCUGUCGAGCUCCGCCAUUUGGCACUCUCGUUCUUCGUGAACCCGAAAGGACUUCUCCAGUGUCGAGAAUUGAACGAAGAGAUAGACCCCGACCAAGAUGCCGGCACGUUGUACGGCCUUGAAAGCAAAAUUGUGCUGCGCGAUGUCGCAAAUAGUAGGCGCCGUAGCGUGAUCAUGCCUCUUGGGCCGAUAUCGUCUAUGCGUCGUGAUCCGUUGACUGGCCGUACUGGCACCGAGGAAGCAUUGCACAUGCUCCGGUCGGGCCGAUGCCAACCAUGGGAACCGUUGGGAGGUGCUGCGGUCGCGAUUCUCCAAACAAUCGCAGACCUAAGCCCAAAGCGAGAAUACUAUCCGCAGCACAAGCAAGCACUGCAAGCGGUUUCCUGGAACACGAGGCUGACCAUGACCAUUCAAGAUGAUGCAUACGAAGGACUUGUGCAGAAUAUACUCGAUAAAUCGGACCGUCUGCGGCUCUUUGUUCAGAAUGCAGCGGAGAAUAGGAUCAGCGCAUAUAUGCCGUCUCACCUUCGGGAACGAGGUCUUGCGCGGCGCCGCCUCUUUGAGCGCGAUUUCGACGGUACGAAUCGAACAGCAGCUAGUGAUCGGAUGUACAGAUCGCGUGGCCAGGAAGCUGAUUCGGAGCAAGCACGUAAUGUUUACCAUAUUGCGAGCCUCUUUCGGAAGGGACCCUUCCACAUUCGCACACGUAGAGAGCUUUCUGCGAUACUACAGGAUUGGCAGCUUAUCGGCGGCUUCCAUGAGGGACGUCAAGCCGACGCUGCAAGUCUGAGCGACCUGGUCGAGAUGAGUGUCGACGAGCAAUGGGGCGGACUUGUGAACCUCUGUCGCCACUCCAACCUUGACGAGCUCUACAGUCUGAUGUUCCGCCUCAGUGUCAUGUCGCUCAAUCCCAGAACUGAUCCGGACGCCAUCAAGAUUCUGGCAGCGUUCGCGUCUCUGCCGAGAUUGAAAAACUUAAUUCCCCCGUCCCGUCUCUCAUUUAGCCAGUUCAAACUCAACGAAUUGCCUGACAUACGGUCCAUCUUUCGUGUGAUCUCUGUUGACCUUCCAGAGAAGCAUCAGAAAAUGCAGACAAAGGCCGAAGCAAAGCAUCACAAGGCGUGUGAAGCUGAGGGGAAACGAUUGGCGCAACACCUUCUUGACCAGUGGCCACAUAGGAAGGUUGCCCUGAACGGAUUCGAUUCGGACCUUCUCGACGUAGGGCUCGCAAUGGAACGUGUCGUGCCUGAGUGGGAGCGGCUGCAUUCGAACCUACUUCUCUCAGAGUAUGUCAUUCAUGUGCAGCAUGUUUUGAAGGAUCAUGAGGGAGAGAGUGGGACGUCACAUCCUAAGGCUUGGAUAUGGGACCAAGAGCCAUUUUCCGGGACCUCAUACGAUUCUGUUGUGCCGUCGAUCUCAAAAGAUCUUCUUAGCAGACCGCUGGCAGUAUCUUUCGGACCCCGGGCGUGCGAGCUGCUACUGCCCAGAGACAGCAAACUUGCUUCUCGUAUGGAAGGGAGCUCAAAACACAGAAUGCCAGCCAAGGAGGCUGUCGAGCUACGGCAGAUCCUUUCCGAUUUUGCACAAGCAUCCAACCCUCUCCGCCAACAGUACGGACUUGAUCUGAAGAUGAGUCUUGACGCCCUCGAAAGAACGAGUACUCAGACUCAAGCUUCCCAUACUACCCCAAAUAUUCCAGAUAACGCGAGACGCACUCAAGAACUGCAUGCGAUAGUAGCCGCUCACUUGUCCAGGAUUCGGGAGGCUCUUGCUAGAGAUGACAACCGCUCCUCGUGGCUACGGCUUGGAAACCUCUGGCCCUGCACGACGUCCAUCGCACUUUUGGAGCAGCUGCGCUCAAGCUCGUGUUGCAAAUUUGGGAACUUCGUACAAGAGGCGAUUGUGGCACACGGUCUCCUCAUCACGAAGCUACAGCGGCUGACACGAAUCCACAACGCGCUGUGUCACGAUAAAGGCAAGGAUCUCCAAGCAGAACUCGGAAACUUUGGCCAUGAGAACUGGACCCCCCUGGAGUGGCCGGACUGGCUUCUCCUAGAGAUUGACAGCGACAUUCUGAUCCGACGGGAGCAGGUUGACGUUGCACAUGCGAUCAUUGCACCUGAAUCAAGGGACAACACGGUGCUGCAACUGAACAUGGGUAAAGGCAAGACGUCAUGUAUCGUUCCUAUGGCUCUAGCGGCAAUAGGAAACGGCAAGCAGCUUUCGCGUCUCAUUGUACCCGAGCCAUUGCUUUUGCCGACUGCACAGAUGAUCCAGUCGCGACUGGGCGGCUUAGUUGGUCGCGAGAUACGACAUAUUCCCUUCUCUCGCAAAACCAGCAUCGAUUCGCAGACGCUUCGGUUCUACAGGAACCUCAUCAGGAGAU